AUGGAUACUAUGACCUUAAAAGAAAUACAGAGCAAGUUAUUGUUGUGGGAAGCAGCUGAAGAGCCCCUGGCACCACUAACUUCUUCACAGCGAGAAACUAUCUUAGAUCUUGAGUCUCUCUUAAACAAUGAUGAGGAGUUAUACGAAAAGGAAGAAGAAAAUGUUGUAGAAUCGGAUUCACCUAACAUAAAUACUGUAUACGAUUUUCUCGAUUUUUAUAAUAAUUUAAAUGAACAGAAUUUAAAAGUAAACGACUGCCUAUAUGAAGCGUAUUACAAACAGUUAGAAGAUAGAAAAAAUGAGUGUGCUUCUUUAACAGAUCAGAUAACAGGUACACUUUCAAGCCUAAACAAGCUCUCAGACGAAUACAAGCUGGUAUCAGAUAAAACUGAUGCAUUGCAUACUAUGAGCGAGCAACUUUUAGCUGACCAGACAAAAUUAUCAAAUAUAGGUGAUGAUAUUAAACAGAAGCUGCAUUACUUCACCCAAGUGGAACAUCUAUCGCAGAGGUUAAACAGUCCGACCAUGUCAGUGAACAGUGACACAUUUUUCAAUGUCCUCUCAAAAAUUGAUGAGUGUUUGGACUUUAUGAGAGCAAAUACCGGUUACAAAGAGGCCCAUGCGUAUACAGUAAAAUACAGACACCUGCAAAGCCGAGGAAUGUCGCUCAUUCGUAGCUACGUCAACCAUGUGUUGAACCAGGCCACUGAGCAAGUCCUCUCACCAGAUGAACCACACGACAGCGAGUCUGUGGACAUGGCAUAUGCUGUUUAUUUCGGCAAGUUUCAGGCAGCCGCGCCUAAACUUCGCUUGGUAAUUACUGAAGUUGAAAAACGGGCGGAAAAUAAUGAAGACUAUGGUCUCCUUCUAUCAGACAUCCAACGGGAAUACGCGUCUCGUCGCCACCGCGUUGCUGGUGGUCCUACAGCCGGUGCUCUGGCUGUUGCCGGAAACAAACAUGCUCGAGACCACUGCGCCAUGCUCAGAGCCGCAUGUUCGUUACUUGCGCUUGCCAUGCGGGACGAGUGUGCACUCUACGACCACUUUUUCUCACAAACUUCACAGGCUCUUGAGGACUACCUUCAAUCCCUGAGCACCGGUUUGUACGAGACCCUGCGGCCCCACAUCAUACACAUCAACCAUUUGGAGACGCUGGCUGAGCUCUGUGUCAUACUCAAAGUCGAAGUCAUCGAAGAACAAGUUAAUAACGACCCGGCUCUCCAAGCUUUGGGAGGUGUCGCUCGUGCCCUACUGCAGGAUACACAAGAGCGUUUAGUAUUCCGCGCCCAUGUGCAUCUUAGGGCUGAUGUGCUCCACUACAAACCGGCACCGGGAGAUCUCGCCUAUCCUGACAAAUUGGAGAUGAUGGAGCAAAUAGCCUUAUCGCUUCAAGAACAGAGUUUGAGGCGUAGCGACUCUCGCAAUUCGUUGGUGUCAGACAUGUCCAGUACAUCGCAAGAAGUAGCCAAUAUAAACGUGGAGGCACAGCGGCGACCACAAGCCUCGCCUGCUGACCUUCAUGGCAUGUGGUAUCCUGGUGUACGACGAACUUUAGCUGCAUUAUCCCGCCUCUACAGGUGUUUAGAGAAACGAGUGUUCCAAGGACUCGCUCAAGAAGCGAUAUCUCUCUGCGUCCAGAGCGUUGCGAACGCUGCCAACCAAAUAUCAGCCUUAAAGACCAGUAUAGAUGGAGAGUUAUUCCAAAUCAAACACCUUCUUAUUCUGCGAGAACAAAUUGCGCCAUUCCAAGUCGAUUUUGUCAUCAAAGAAACGUCUCUAGACUUCAGUAAUAUGAAAAAUGCAGCUUAUGGGUUCAUACAGAAGCCGAGACAAAUCUUUACAAUGAACAGUAAUAACACUCUGCUAGAAUUUUUACUAGAGGGGACGCCACUAGUGAAGGAACAUCUGCUAGAUUCGAGGAAGGAAGUAGACAGGCAAUUGAAGAGUUGCUGUGAAUUAUUCAUAAAGGACGCCACGAGAAUAAUGGUUGGGCCGCUGAUAGAAUUAAUUGAUAAGGUGCAAUUAUUGCAACCAACUGAGCAGUUGAAGAUGCAACCGUGGGCUGCUCCUUCACAGAUAGCGAUUGCUGUGCAAGAGGCUCAGAAGCGAAUUAAAUCUACCCUUGCGCCUCUCCAGCGGUCGAUGCAGCUCUAUCUAUCCAAUAAGGAAACAGAGUUUAUAUUAUUCAGACCGAUACGAAACAAUGUUGUUGGCUACUUUGUCCAGUUGGAGCAAUUGCUAAAAACCUCUGAAUAUUCCUAUGAUGACAUUAUAAUUGUGGCUUGUCCCACACCUGAGCAAAUGUCUGUUUUUAUAUCAUCAGCUAGUCUCAUUAGUCAUAAUGAGCCUGUCUUGCCAUAUGGAAGGAAGAAGCAAAUUACUAGUGCUCGUAAACCAAGCGUCACUAAUACGCAAGAGAAAAGUGAUAAACCCCCUGAACAUUCCUCUAAUCAAUCAUUAUAG